ACGAUCCAGUUUUAGAUGAUGAGGCAAUAAAACAUCCUAUGUGGGAUGGUCAUUGAUGAUAUGGAUGAAAUGGUGGGGACAUAGCCAUGGAAAAAUUGGGCGUGUAACUGAUCGUAGAUUUUAUUUCCCCUUUCUCUUCGUCCCUUUUCCUUUUCCCUAUACUAUCUCUCCUCCCACAUCGAUCUCCGUAAAUCCAAAUUCCCUCACGAAAAAGUUUGGGUUCCCAGGACAGGAAGUCAGAGAGUCAAGGAACCCAGAUACCUUGCUUCUGAAUCGAACUAGAAAGUUAGAGGCCGUCGAUGAAGAGUAAAGCAGAUCUGGGUAUUGGAUUUGAUUGCUGAAACUUGGUUUUGCCAUGUAAUUCGUAGGGUUCUGAGUAUGUGAAUGGGUGAUCUUGGACCUUUUAUUUUCUUUUCCGUGGAUUUUGAUUCGGUGAUUGGUUGAUUUUGUUUCAAUUUUAUUUCUUCUGGGUUUUUGUUUAUAUUUCUUGCAAUUUUUCUUGGUUACAUUUCUUUCUAAACUCAAACUUCUCUCUCCUUGCCUCCCAAAAGAUGAUGAUAAAACUUGAUUCUUUGAUUGUUCCCAUAAAGAUGAUGAUGAAGCAAGAAAAACAUUUUGAUUAUGAUGACGAUGAAGCUUAUUUAAAAAAGAAAGAAAGAAAGAAAGAGAGAAAGAAAGAAAGAAAGAAAGAAAGAAAGAAAGAAACUAGGCGGAAAAAAUGAAUGAUUUUCGGAUUUUAGCUGUGGAUUUGUUGCCAAUUUUGUCUCUUCGGUCUUUGUAAAUUGGUGAAAUCAAAACCCAGUCAUCGUCCGCAAUGGCGGAAUCCAGAACGUGUAAACACAUGUUAAAUUGAUUUUGUUUGAGGUAAUGGAUCUGAGAACCCAGCACGUUGCUAUGAUCUGAAUAGGUUCUGGUUGUUUGUGUUUAUAAUAAAUUUCAUGGAUAAUGCACCUCUGAUCUGGGCAUAGGAGAGGAAGAGGGAGGCGAAGAGAGAGGACGAAGUUGAUGGCAAUGUUGUAAUUUCAUUGGAGGGUGGAGUUGUAAUUUAACAUAAUUAUAAUGACAAUUGUAAUUGAAUAUUAUUAAUUAAUCACAUUGCAUCAA